ACGUUCAAUCAUACAAGGUGUAUGUUUCACUUGUUUAUGAAUUUUGUGACACCACCGAAGCGUCAUUUUCAAAUGUCUAAUUUGCCUGUUUUCUUCUAUACAUAAUUCUCGCAAGCAAAACAAUUGUCUACGAAUUUUCUCAAUCGCAAAUCUGUGAAAAAUUUCUUACGGAAAAUAACUUAUGUUUGUAAAUGUUUGGACACUUUAUUGAAUUUACUACGUGAAUGAGUUAUUUAGUCCUUUAAUAUCUUAUUUACCAAAGUUUUUAUUGCGUCUUUGACAUCAAAGGUAUUGAGUGAACUUCGUAUUAUAAAAAUUGGUUGCUAAACGUACUGAUUCCAAAAAUAAUAAAAUAUGAACUCUAAACAAUACAAAACCAAAGCUGGUAAAGCACGUACUAUUUCGGAUUCGUCUGAUGAGGAGUAUAUUGUGGAAAAAAUUUGCGACCGGCGCGAACGCAAGGGCAAGGUUGAAUAUCUUCUUAAAUGGAAGGGUUAUCCAGAUACGCAGAAUACAUGGGAGCCUGAAAAAAAUGUCAACUGUAAAGAUUUAAUAUUAAAAUUUGAAAAGAAGGAUAUUUCUGAAUAUGGUAAUGGCAAACCGGCAAGAAAUAUCAAAAUGAACUUUUCUGGUUGUUCAUCAAAUUCAAGUGGCGUUAAACGUAGUGAAGAGACUGCAGAUUUGGAGUACAAAAAUAAAUCUGAUAAUUCCCUCUGGGAUGAGCUACAAAUGAUGAAUCAUAUGUAUCCAGUAAAUCCCUUUGAAAAUGGAGCAGUUGCUGAAAGAAUUAUAGCUGCUUCAGACACAACUGGAGUUUUAUCCUUCAUUAUUAAAUUUAAGAAUAUUGAACAUCCACUAUUAGUUCCUGCAUACAUAGCGAAUACAAAUAUUCCACAAAUGGUCAUACAGUUCUACGAGAAACGUGUAUCAUGGAAUUCCAUGAGUGAUGAAUAAUAAACUACCAUACAUUAUAAACUAUAAAGUACGAUUGUUGCUUUUCUGUCGUCAAUGCUACGCAACAGCAAACAAUUUUAUUUUGUUUACAUUUUUGAAAA